CUUCUACAAAACCAACCACUCAAACCUCUGUUAAACCCACCACUCAGACUUCCACUAAAUCAAGUACUGAGACUUCAACGUCAACUACCAUCCAACCGACCUCUUCAACCACCACCCAGUCAAGCACUUCAACCACCACCCAGACAAGCACAUCAACCCCCACCCAGUCAAGCACAUCAACCCCCACCCAGUCAAGCACAUCAACCCCCACCCAGUCAAGCACUUCAACCACCACCCAGACAAGCACAUCAACCCCACCCAGUCAAGCACAUCAACCCCACCCAGUCAAGCACAUCAACCCCCACCCAGUCAAGCACAUCAACCACCACCCAGACAAGCACAUCAACCCCCACCCAGUCAAGCACAUCAACCACCACCCAGACAAGCACAUCAACCACCACCCAGACAAGCACAUCAACCACCACCCAGACAAGCACUUCCUCCACUUCAUCGCCUCCUCCAAUCAGUGACCCAGUAAUUAUCAUCACAUUGCCAGACGAAAAUGACGACCAAGAAACCGAAUCAAGUCCAGAACAGACUGAAACUGAAUCAAGACCAGAACAGACUGAAACUGAAUCAAGUCCAGAACAGACUGAAACUGAAUCAAGUCCAGAACAGACUGAAACUGAAUCAAGACCAGAACAGACUGAAACUGAAUCAAGUCCAGAACAGACUGAAACUGAAUCAAGACCAGAACAGACUGAAACUGAAUCAAGUCCAGAACAGACUGAAACUGAAUCAAGACCAGAACAGACUGAAACUGAAUCAAGUCCAGAACAGACUGAAACUGAAUCAAGACCAGAACAGACUGAAACUGAAUCAAGUCCAGAACAGACUGAAACUGAAUCAAGACCAGAACAGACUGAAACUGAAUCAAGACCAGAACAGACUGAAACUGAAUCAAGUCCAGAACAGACUGAAACUGAAUCAAGACCAGAACAGACUGAAAUUGAAUCAAGACCAGAACAGACUGAAACUGAAUCAAGUCCAGAACAGACUGAAACUGAAUCAAGUCCAGAACAGACUGAAACUGAAUCAAGACCAGAACAGACUGAAACUGAAUCAAGUCCCGAAGAAAGUAAAGAACCACUACCCACUAGUAAUGCACCCACCUCCAGUGAAGAGCCAGUGCUGACCAACACUGCUUCAAGCCACACUUGGAGCGAUGUAUCCAACAACACUUCCAUUUACAGAACUACAGAAAACUGGGAGGGUCUUUCUUCUGCAUCUCCUACAUCAGUUGACAAUCUUCCUGAAUCAACAGUCGAUCUUCCUACUGAAAUAAAUACAAAUGUACCUAAUGAAGCAUCUUCGGAAAGCUCUACUGAGACAACCAGUGAGGGUUCGACUGAAACAGUCAGUGAGGGUUCCACUGAAGCAGACAGUGAGGGUUCUACUGAGACAGCCAGUGAGGGCUCUACUGAGACAGCAAGUGAGGGUUCCACUGAAGCAGUCAGUGACGGUUCCACUGAAGCACCCAGUGAGGGUUCCACUGACACAGCCAGUGAAGGUUCCACUGAAGCAACCAGUGAGGGUUCCACUGAAGCAACUGAAAUUAGUUCCACUGAGGCAACUAGUAAGGGUUCCACUGAAGCAACCAGUGAGGGUUCCACUGCAGCAACCAGUAAGGGUUCCACUGAAGCAAUCAGUGAGGGUUCCACUGAAAAAGCCAGUGAAGGUUCCACUGAAGCAGCCAGUGAGGGUUCCACUGAAGCAACCAGUAAGGGUUCCACUGAAACAGCCAGUAAAGGUUCCACCGAAAAAGCCAGUGAAGGUUCCACUGAAACAAGCAGUGAGGGUUCAACUGAAACAGCCAGUGAAGGUUCCACUGAGACAACAAGCGAGAGUUCCACUGAAACAUCCAGUGAGGGUUCCACUGAGACAGCUAGUGAAGGUUCCACUGAGACAGCCAGUGAGGGUUCCACUGAAACAGCCAGUGAGGAUUCCACUGAGACAGCUAGUGAAGGUUCCACUGAAGCAGCCAGUGAGGGUUCCACUGAAACAGCCAGUGAGGGUUCCACUGAGACAGCCAGUGAAGGUUCCACUGAAGCAGCUAGUGAAGGUUCCACUGAAGCAGCCAGUGAGGGUUCCACUGAAGCAGCUAGUGAAGGUUCCACUGAAACAGCCAGUGAGGGUUCCACUGAAGCAACCAGUGGGGGUUCCACUGAACCAGCCAGUGAAGGUCCCACUGAAACAGCCAGUGAGGGUUCAACCGAAGCAGCCAGUGACGGUUCCACUGAAGCACCCAGUGAGGGUUCCAAUGAAGCAGCCAGUGAGAGUUCCACUGAAGCAGCUAGUGAGGGUUCCACUGAAGCACCCAGUGAGGGUUCCACUGAAGCAGCCAGUGUGGGUUCCACUGAAGCACCCAGUGACGGUUCCACUGAAACACCCAGUGAGGGUUCCACUGAAGCAGCCAGUGAGGGUUCCACUGAAGCACCCAGUGAGGGUUCCACUGAAGCAACCAGUGAAGGUUCCACUGAAGCACCCAGUGAGAGUUCCACUGAAGCACCCAGUGAGGGUUCCACUGAAGCACCCAGUGAGGGUUCCACUGAGGCAACCAGUGAAGGUUCCACUGAAGCAGCCAGUGAGGUUUCCACUGAAGCAGCUAGUGAAGGUUCCACUGAAGCACACAGUGAGGGUUCUACUGAAGCAGCCAGUGAGGAUUCCACUGAAGCAACCAGUGAGAGUUCCACUGAGACAGCUAGUGAGGGUUCCACUGAAGCAACCAGUGAGGGUUCUACUGAAGCAGCCAGUGAGGAUUCCACUGAAGCAACCAGUGAGGGUUCCACUGAGACAGCUAGUGAGGGUUCCACUGAAGCAACCAGUGAGGGUUCCACUGAAGCAGCCACUGAGGCUUCCACUGAAGCAGCCAGUGAGGGUUCCACUGAAGCAGCCAGUGAGGGUUCUACUGAAACAACCAGUGAAGGUUCCACUGAAGCAGCCAGUGAGGGUUCCACUGAAGCACCUAGUGAAGGUUCCACUGAAGCAGCCAGUACUGGUUCCACUGAAACACCUAGUGAAGGUUCCACUGAAGAAGCUAGUGAAGGUUCCACUGAAGCAGCCAGUGAAGGUUCUACUGAAGCAGCCAGUGAGGGUUCUACUGAAACAACCAGUGAAGGUUCCACUGAAGCAGCCAGUGAGGGUUCCACUGAAGCAGCUAGUGAAGGUUCCACUGAAGCAACCAGUGAAGGUUCCACUGAAGCAGCUAGUGAAGGCUCCACUGAAGCAACCAGUGAAGGUUCCACUGAAGCAACCAGUGAAGGUUCCACUGAAGCAGCUAGUAAAGGUUCUACUGAAGCAGCCAGUGAAGGUUCCACUGAAGCAGCUAGUGAAGGUUCCACUGAAGCAAUUAAUGAGAGUUCCACUGAAAUCAAGUAAUAAAAGUUGCAUCGAGUUUAUCGUUGAGCUUCUAAUUUCCAUCACUUAAGUCAACAUCGAGACAAUAAUCACGGAGUCAAAAUUCCACUGAGUCUUCCUCUCCCUACCAUUUACGGCUCCACUGAUGGAUCAAGAAAAGGUUUACGAUAAUUUCUUUUCACUGAAAGUUCUCUGAAGUUAUUCUAGAGUUUCUUGGAAGUAUUUGUGAUAUUUUCACCAGACCUCAGGUAGAUCACAGUGAAAAGUUUCAAAUAUCUGUUACAUCUUUUAAUACAAUAAGAAUAAUAAUUCAUCACAUUUUUUAUUCUUUAUUUAUUUCUGUAUUUGUUUAUGUAUGUAUUUGUUUAUCCAUUCAUUUAUUUACUGAUUUUCCUAUUAGUAUAAUUAUUCAUUUGCUUACUUUUUAUUGUCUUUAUUUUCAAGGUUUUGUGAAGAUUUCACGAUAAUAAAUUGUGUUGUGCACUAUUUUCGGACCAAACUAUUAAUUAUUUUACUUGGUGUCUUAGUGGUAAUCGUGUCGAUUAUAAGUCAAUUUUUGCAAAUAGAUAGAUAAAUAAAUAAAUAAAUUAAUAUAUAUAU